UGGCAGUAAACAUUUCAGCGCCAAAUCGAACUAUGGCGCCGGGAACAUUAUCUGUAACUGCAGUAAACUAUGGCAACCACUUCGUCUUUCUCUAAAGGUUGUUUUGUCUUCAAAGCUAAACUAGAAAGUAGUGGGCAAAGUCCAAGGAAGAAAGCCAGAAAAUCUUCCAAUGUACUUCAUAGAUCAAAUGGCGAUCUCGAUACUUCAUCCUUAUUUGGGAAAUGUGACAAGUCUUCUAUGGAAGUUAGACAAGAUUCCUACAAGAAAAUUUGGAAGUUGACAAAAAAGAAAAGCGAGGACAUCAUUUCAGAUAGCCACAAACAGCUCCUGCAUGAUGUAAGUCAAUUUGUUAGUGAAAAUGCGGAUAGUGGACAAAGCAGCAUACCUACUGCAUUAGUAGCGUUAGGAGUUAACCUUCCAGAUCAUGCAGCAUUUUUCAACCUUUUGGAUUCUACAUUAAAUACCCAUGUAUCCCCAUUUGUCGCCAUGUUAAAUUCAAAAGAAUGCCCCUCAUUGAAGAACAUGGUACUAAAAGCCAUCCAGAAAUUGACAAGUUGUGAUUUGAUAGAUGAUGAUGCCGAAAAGGAUGAGGAAGCAGAUGAAAUUGUACCUGUCAGAUCAUCAUCUAAGAUCAAGACAUUCGCUAACCUCGCGACAUGGUACUCCAAUGUCGUAAUUAAAACUCCCUUGAUCAUCAUCCUACAAGAUUUGGAGUCUUUUAGUACUCAACAGUUGCAGGAUUUUGUGUUACUCUGCAGGGAAUAUCGAGUUCGAAAUAAGUUGCCUAUUCAAUUCAUUAUGGGUAUUGCGACGACAGUGGCCCUCCAACAACAACUCCACCAUCGCACUUCGGUCUGUCUUGCGACCAAAUCAUUCCAGUCACGGCCUUCAAUCGUUCUUCUAAACCAUCUCAUAGAACAGCUCUUUAUGAAAAGCAGCGUUUUAAAACUUGGACCAAGGCUGAUGCAACUUUUACUGGAUGGGUUCCUAUAUCACGACUUAUCACUCAGCAGUUUUCUUAUGCGUGUCCAUCUGAUAAUAAUGCAACACUACAUAACCUUACCGGUUUCUUCGCUUUGCUGCUCUAUGACUGAACUAAAAGAUAGAAUGAAGCAACUCGGUGCAGCAGAUUUAGAUCUGUACCGCCAGCUUCCAUCGUUUAUGAAAUUCAUUGAAAAUAAUCGGUCUAGAGUUUCACUGCUAACGGACGACAAGGAAUUCCGAUUAUUUCUGCAAAAAUCGUUAGAGGAUUUGGACAGCUAUUCUAAGGACUUCUCAUUGAGCUGUCGAAUUCUUCAUUGCCUAAGCGAUGGAAUGCCCGAUGCAUUGUUUGGCAAAAGUUUACGUGAAGUUUACGUAAAUUUCUUGAUUGGUGCGGAAUCUGAGGAUUGGGAUCGGUUUAUUCAAUUGAUUAAUAUUUCCACGUCGUACGAACUGCAAAGCAGAAUCCAAGCUGCCCUGAAUAGCCUAAAAGAAUCAGACGUGUCCAGUGCUUUGUCGGAUUUCUCCACCAGUCUCGUUCUCUUCUCAGAGGAACUGCAGCGUUUGGAACAAGCACCAGACACCGACGCUGCUACGAGCCCCAAAAGUCCGAAUGUCUUUGUACCUAAAGGCAAGAAACUGGACAAAUUCGAAUUGAAAGCUCAAUUGUUGGCGUCAGCAAAACAAGCCCGCCCUACUUCAAAAUUCGACGAAAUAAAAUCCGAGAUCGUAUCCUGGUUGAACUCUCAUCUAACACGUCAGCUGAAAUCUCCUACCACUAUAUUGUUUCAUGAAGUAUUUUAUGCUGGUAGCCAAGUUCAGAGUAGUUGGGAUAUUGUCCCAUGGAUUCGGCGCCAGGUUCAACCAGUUCCUAGAGUCGCAAUUAGUAAGGCUCUGUCGGAUCCGGCGUCAUACCUUGGUUGCAACUGUUGCUCUUCAAACGGACAAGGAUCGCAACUUCUGCCUACCAUGCCCGAUCUCUGCAUAGUCUACAAAUUACACACCGAGUGCGGUCGCUUAAUCAACCUUUACGACUGGAUGUUGUCUUUCAAUGCCAUUCAACAAAAGGACAAGGAUAACGAUAAUGAAGAAAUCGAGCCAAUUAUUCAAGCACGUUUUAUUCGAGCGGUUGCGCAAUUACAGUUACUUGGAUUUAUUCAGUCGUCGAAACGGAAGACAGAUCAUGUUGCUCGCUUAACUUGGGGUGUCUAAGCAUUCAAUGCGGACUUGCAGUGCUUCAAAUCUUUUCUGAAAAGGUACUUGGUGUAGCGAGCCGUACUGCCCAUAAUACUUUUGUGGUAGAGUUGCUCGAGCUCGAAGCCACGAUGAAGGAAGAAUUCUUUUGCCUCUUGUUGGCAUUCAGUAAUACACGCCUCAAUUGAAGAGUAUCCGCGUUCGUAACAAAAAUGUGAAGCUGCAGAGAUUAACUGUGUAGCAACUUUUUUUCGUUUAAAUUCUUGAUCAACUGCAAGUCUCUUCAGCCAGCCACUGCAGGCUUUAUCUUUGUUACGUGUGAUGCCCAAAAACCCUAUUACUUUUUUUGAUUUUGAAGACAGCUCAUCUUCUAGUCCUUGAAAAUUUGCCAUGCUGAUGAAGGUGACAUUUUCCCGAGGAUUCAGAUCUAUAAGAGGGCCAUAAAAUUCUGCCACAAGAAAUGUGGUUUUAUCUGAUUCUUGAUAUUGCUGCUUCACUAGAGAUAAUUCAUUUUGAAUUUCUAGACUUUUCAUCAUGGCGCUACUCCAUAUUGAUGCAUAAAGAAUUGUUAUUGUCAAUGGCACUGAUACUGCACAGUGAAAGAAGGGUAUUCCCACUAUGAUGAAUAAUACUGCGGCGAAGAAAACCAUCAGCUGAAAUAUUGUCUCGCGAAACAAAGCCGAAAAGAAUGUGCGGUUGACUGUAGACAUUAUGGUAGUUCCAGCUAUUUUCUUGCAAUCGAUUUCGUCGCCUUGUGUAAAAGGACGAAUCAAAACGAAGCGCUGUGAUUCGCUAGUAGGACUCGACAUUUCAAGAAAGACAACCUACUACGAUAAAUAAUUUUAUUGACAGAUUCACACGUUUACAAGAAAAUCAAAACAGUUUUGACUCCCAACCACUUGUUGGCAACUUGUUUUGUUUUUUAACGUCCGUUUCCUAAUUUGUGGGAAUGGACAUGGAACAAAGCUAAACUAUGGAAGGAAACGGUUAUCCUAACCUUUUGUACGUGCGAUGCCAACAGUGGUAUCACUGUUACAAGAAAAAAGUUUUGAAAACCAAACUGCUGUUUAUACAACACCAGUACCUUGCCAAUAAAUAGCAUUGGAUUUCGAAAUAUCAAUCUGCGAUUCCUGCUUGACAAUUACCGAAGGCACUUGAUAAUAAAUUUCCACAUUGAAGCCACGUCACCAAUAUUUGUUACUGAUGUCACUCAAGAAGUAGUAACGCAAGCACACCAAGCAAAUCUCUUCUAUGAGAUGUUGAAACAACUUAUUUUCGUGCCAACCAAUGCUGAAGUUCUAAAUCCAUUAUUGACACGCUACUUUGGGACCUAAGAACGUUUCCAUAUUUUUUACUUCGAAAACAAUAGUGGCAUAAAAUUCAGAUCAAUUUUUAAAUCCGUCAGUUUCUUUCUAUGCCCGUACACUUGUGGAGACGAAAGGGAUGCCCGAUCGUUUUCCAAACUUUCAGCUGCCAUAUCGUUACUGUUUCGAGAGUCUGCAGAUUUACUGGCGUUGAAUCCCCUCUUCGUCAUUUCUCUGCUAACUGCCAUCUGUAAGAUGCCAGUGCCAUUAAGACCCAUGGUGGGUGAUUGCUGAUUAAGCAAAGUGAUGCUCUGGCUAAGAGAAUUAGCAAGGGAUGAUCGGCCAGGAAUAGAGGACCAUCAAACUUUUAUUGAUGUUGUUGGCCUCUUCAAGAGUUUUACCCUGGCUGUUGGUUUUCUUGGUCAUUUCGCUACCUGCCAAAUCGACAAAAUUGAUUUUUCCAUGUCUGCUCAGUAGAUCAUCAGUGGGGCUUUGCAGCAAUUCACCUGUAACUCGGAGAUGACGUGAACAGUAAGAAUCGUAUGGCUUCGACUGGAAUAAUCAUUCAUCCUGCGUAGCAAUUCUGCUCGAUUCCUCAUACCUUCUUCGAGGACGGCAAGCAAAUCGUCGAAUUCCUAAACGGGAUGUGACACACGAAAAGUUGGUCAACUUUCUUGAAAUGUCACCGUGCGAAUGUGGUGACAAACACCGUUAGGCACAUCGCAUCGCAGGAUGUGAAAUCAUCAAGUACCUCGCAUUCUACUGUGAAGAGAUUCUCGACGUAAAAACCACCCGAUGCUCUCGACCAGCGCACCUGCAGCGGUUUCUUGAAGGUACUCAAGUUGAGUAAGUCAAUCACCUGCGAAUUCGUGUCGCAAAAAAAGACAUGAAGGAUACCAAACUUUAAUAGGUAAGCGUUUCCCUUUCCUUUCUAUGCACUUAGCGCGGUGACCAAUUAUUAUAGGCUUCCACUGGAACUACGCAACUUAUGGCUUCUGAUCGAUGUGGUAAAAAAAAAGUAGACGGUGUAUACGAAAAGUAGGCUUCUACAACUACUAGAGAACUUGCCCACCCCUUUACGUCCUACUCACGCAAUCCUCCAUUUGGAAACUUUGAGUAAUAGAGGGGUAGUUGUUGGUGGGCGACAGGAAUUGUAAUAUACAUGCAGUACAGUACAUGUAGAUGAUAUGACGAGGAAAACAGAAAAAAACUCCCGUUUUUUUUCUAGAUAUAUUAUUGUAACGUUUUACCUUUUCGUUGUAGAUUUCCAGGAAUGAAGCUUUGAUAACGUAGGUGCAAUCCGACUUGGCUUGCUUUUCCUUCAGACGGUCGAAAAGGUGGACAAAUGCCCUGUAGAUGAGUCCGUGUUCUUCCGAGAAAGGGUCCGGUUGGUCUUGGAACUAUAACAUCAUUGAUCGCAUAUCGCAAUUUUUGUAUCAAUUAUAAGAAAACGUACUAAAUGGGGAGGGCCGGUAAGCGUAUGAGUCUUUCCCGAUCCUGUCUGUCCAUAACAAAAAACUGUGGUAGAAUAGCCUUCCAUGGCCAUGGCGAUAACCCUUGCCACACCGGACUUGUCCAUCAUCUCUGACUGGGUAGCAGUCUGGUCAAAAACGGAGUUGAACGUAAAGGUCUUGGCCGUCAACGUUUGAUUGAAAGUAGAUUGUGCGCCAGAUAGAGCACUUUGUCCAUUCGGUCUGACGUCUGGUCGCAUCAUUAUUUGUUCAUGACUAAUAACUUGAAUGAUGGUAUCAUCGUUUCGUUGAAUUUCCCUUUCGCUCAAUGGUCGUACUCUACGAUUUAACCAAAUCAAUAGGGAAAUGAUAGCGAAUCAUCCAUAACAAUUAAAAUGUUUAAAGCCGCAAACUCACCUGACAACGACGCUAAUAUUACCCAAAUCAUCGACGCUAUUGUCAUUGCCUAAAUCAGCCAGUGAACCGAACGAACUUGUAUUUGAAUAAGUCGAAGCGCUUCCAAAUCUGCCCACAGUUGUGUUAAAUCCAUUCAUUACCAUAAAUAUUUUAAAUUCUAAUCAAAGUCCAUUGCAAAUAAAAUUGAUCUCAUACCCUUCGGAAGAGGUGGCUCGUCGUACGGAUCCUUUCUUUCCGUUUCUCGUCAGUCCCAUGUUGAAUCUCGUGAUUUUAUUUUUGCUCUCAACGAUUAGUGACGAACGACUUACUGAUCAUUUCCUUCCAAGUCGACUCUCGUUUGGAUACUGAAGUCGGUCGAUGACUGUAUGCUGCUAGUGUUGGUUCUUGAAAAAGGCGGACUCCCUUUUUCCAUGUGUAUUUGAGGUUACCAGAGACCCUUUCUAGUAUAUAUAUGUAUCUCUGUACACUAUUUCUCCCCUCUUUAAUCGAUCUUCACUCGUUGGUGUAUGUGGAACCGUUGGAAAAGUUAUGAUGAUUGGGCUUCCCUGCCCACCCGCUUCGUAUACGCACAGUCCCGUUUUGUGUCCUUAUUGCCGCUCCCCUUCUCUUGUUUUUACUUUGCCUACCUCCGUAUGUACAUAGUCAAGGGUAUACGACAUGACAAUUUCACAAUGCGUGAAGCACAAUGUGCCUUGACACUGGCUAAUUUCGCUUUAAACUCACUAUUAUCAAUAUGAUAUUGAUUCGUGCUUUAAACACGUUUGUUUUCGUAUUGCAAAGCGUUUUUUGUCCCAAGGUUGGCAUGGAAACCAGACGCGACAUCAUGAAUAACUAGUGAAUGUGUUUGAUUUGUGUUGGCAAAUAGCCAUAUACAAAAACAUAAACUGUCAGCGAAAUCCUG